AUGGACCCCAACUGCUCGUGCUCCACCAGGAGCUCCUGUACCUGCUCUGUCUCCUGCAGAUAUAAAGAGUGCACAUGCACCUUGUGCAGGAAGGGCUGCUGCUCCUACUGCCCCAUUGGUCAUGCCAAGUGUGCCCAGGGCUGCAUCUGCAAGGAGGCAUUGGACACAUGCAGCUGCUAUGCCUCAUGUGGAGGAGAGCCUGUUCCAGAUGUAAAUAUAUCAACAUAA